CUCCUGAGGAUCGUCCUGUUAGGGAGGACGGGGACGGGCAGAAGCUCCUCAGGAAACACCAUCCUGGGCAGGCCGGCCUUCUGGGUCACCGUGUCGCCCUCUUCUGUCACCACACAGUCCACCAGACAGACAGCGACGGUGGACGGACGCAGCGUCUCUGUGAUAGACACCCCAGGUUUCUUCCACACACGCCUGUCCCCUGAGGAAGUCAUGGCAGAGGUGGGACGCUGUGUUGCCUUGUCCUCUCCGGGGCCCCACGUCUUUUUGGUGACACUACAGCUCGGCAGGUUCACGCAAGAGGAGAGGGACGCCUUAGAGUGGAUCAAAGCCACAUUUGGACCCGGGGCCGCCAGGUUUACCAUGGUGUUGUUCACCUGCGGGGACCGGCUGCAGGACAAACGUGUCCAGGACUUCCUAUCAGAGAGCGAGGAGCUGUCUGAGUUUGUCAGCAGCUGCCGCGGGGGGUAUCACGUCUUUGAUAACUGUGACAAGACGCCAAAACAAGUCGUGCAGCUCCUGAAGAAGAUUGACAAAACCGUGGCAGACAACGGAGGCGGUUGCUAUAGCAACGAGAUGCUCAAGGAUGCUGAUAGAGUCGUCAAGGAGGCACAAGAGAGGAUUCUGGGAGGACACAAGGUAGAGUCUCCAAGGAAGACAGCUGCAGAUGAAGAGGAGCAAGGACCAGAGAAAAAAAGAGAAGAGGAGGAGAGGAGAAAGGAGGAGGAGGAGGCCAGAAAGAGAGCAGAGAGGCUUUUCUGGUGCGAGUUGGUGACGGCGAUGGGGAAAGGUGCGGCAGAGGGGGUCGGGAUCCUGGGGAAGGACGACGGGAAAGGGAAGGCUGUGAAAAAGGCGAAGGUGGUGGAAAGAGCGGCGGCUCUGGCAGCGUCGCCGCUCUCCAUCACCUCGGCUGCAAAAGCAGUUGGAGGAGCUGUGAGAGAAGGGAGCAAGGUGUUAUACAAACAUGGAAAAACUUUCCUAAAAACACCUCAUUAA